GCAGAUGUUCAUCCGUGAUAUUUUAUUGUGUGAGUUCUUAUGAGAUGAAUUGUUGUAAUGGCCGAUGAGCUAGCCCCAGCGGAUGCCGUAGGCACGACGCAUUUAACGGAUGGCUUCACGGGAAGGACGAUCUCAGCGUUCGAAAGAGAACUCUACUUCCUGAUUGCCAAGUACCUGACUGCCGGACCUUGCCGAAAUACUGCAAGAGUUCUGCGUGAGGAGCUAGAAAGAGAGCAUGUGGUACCUCGUCGCAUUGAUUGGCUAGGAGGGAGUCAUCCGCAAUCAUUCGAAGAAUGGGAACAAACAUUAGGUCGAGAAGUUCGUCCAGAUCAUUUGCGGAGGCUUCUGGAUCAGCUCAAUCCUCUUCUCCGAGAGCAGCAAUCGAUACCGGGCCCUAGAGUUCAUACUUUAAUUGGUUCAGGAAGACAUACACUUCUACGAUCUCAAAGCAAUGAUGCGCUAUCUUCGGAGCGACUUGCUGUGCGUCUCCGAGGAUGUCCACUUCGAUUCCAUCCAGAUCAUCCAGCAUCUUCCAAAGCAAAAAUAGUUGAUAUCCUUCGAAGUCGUGAAGUCAGUGGAGGUUGGCCAUUCGCGAAUGGGUCUGGGUGUGUUCCCAACCACCUCGUGAGCGGGAUAACAUUCCUUCGUCGGACCAUUGGUCACUUGUCUGCUGUUUAUUGCUCAACAUUCGAUCGAACCGGCCGAUUCUUAGUCACCGGUGCUGACGACUCUUUAGUGAAAAUUUGGAAGGUGUUCGAUGGUCGGCUCGUGGCUACACUGCGUGGUUGUGCUGCCGAAGUUACGGACAUAACGAUUAAUGAAGAAAAUACUUUGGUCGCGAUUGGAUCGAAUGAUAAGUUGGUCCGUGUUUGGUGUCUCGCCACGGCCACGCCGGUGGCGAUUUUAACGGGUAAUGCUGUGGUCACUUCUCUCGCAUUUUGUCCUGCGGUCGGCGAACCGGGUAAUGCGGAACGCUACUUGAUCCAUACGAGUGCAGAUGGGGCUGGAACUGUGUACUUCUGGAGUUACACUUGUGAUGCUGAUGGGAGGAACGCCAAGUUCAACUUGCAGCCGGAAACAUUUCUCGAAAGAAUGCGACCUGGACAAGCAAAGAUCAUUUGCGGCGCUUUCUCAAUGGGUGGACAUUUUUACGCCACAGGAAGCGCAGAUCACAACGUGCGUGUUUAUCAGCUGUACGGCAAAUUUCCAGAUGGAACACUUUGCGGACCGAAACGAAUUCUCGAGCAAGAGCAACACACAGAUGACGUGAAUUCCAUUCAAUGGGCUCAGCGUUCCGUGAGAUUCAUUUCUGGGUCAAACGACGGCACGGCGAUCAUUUGGACCUACUCGAAACGUCAAUGGAAAACUUUAAAGCUGGAGAUGGCCACUGACGUCGACGACAGCAACAACUCCGGCACCCGUGACUUGAAUUCCCGCGCAACUUCGACGUUUUCGUCAUCGUCGGCUCGUGCCGGUCGUUCAAAUAACUUGAAUAGCAAUCAGAGAGAAGGAGCAGCAGUACCUCGAAGUCAGAUGCAGAAUAAACAUCGAGUCACGAUGGUUGCUUGGAUGAAUGACGAUCGGUUGGUCGUCACCGCUGUUGCGACGUAUUUGAUCAAAAUUUGGGACUCGCGCACUGGUGACUUGACCUGCGUGCUUUCUGGGCAUAAUGACGAAGUUUUCUGCUUGGAAACUCAUCCUUUCGACAACCGGCUGUUGCUUAGUGCUGGGCAUGACGGGAACAUUAAGAUCUGGGACGUGACGAGUGCAGUCGGAGCUCGACGCGGGAAACGCAUGCCAUCUCCCUUGUGGGAAUUCACCAACACGUUUCACGCUGUCGACGAAGCCGACUUGGACGCUGGUGUCGAGCGACGAACAGUGCUGACGACCGGCGGUGUUUUCGACGCCCGAUGGUCGCCCGACGGUUCCCUUAUUGCGUGCACCGACUCGCACGGUCACAUCAUUCUCUACGGCCAUGGAGUGAACGUGCAGCGUUACCAACGGGUGCCCGGGGAACUGUUUUUCCACACGGAUUACCGACCGUUGAUGCGGGACGCGAAUAAUUACGUGUUGGACGAGCAGACUCAAGUGGCGCCGCACUUGAUGCCGCCGCCUAUUUUGGUGGACAUGGCCGGGAAUCCGCAUCCGGACGAGUUUCAGUAUUUGGUGCCCGGAAGGGAUACGGGUAUGAGAAGAAUUUCGGAAAGAGUGUCAGAAGGGGAUGAGGAGGAACAAGCUAUGCAGCAACCUGUUCGUCGGACGCAAGGGGAUCACUCAGUUUUGGAUCUAAUGAUUGAACGGCUCGCUAGAGAACAAGGUCUACAUGGCAACCAAAACCAGAUGUCUGACCCGCGACGGAGAAGAACCACCACUUCAUCCAGUCACGCGUCCAUCGACGGAGAAUCUCAGGAGGGAAAUGAAGCCGAAGAAGAGCCAGAAUCGGAUGUGGCGAAUUUGCCAGUGUCUCCACCAUUGUCGCGACGGGCACAGGCUCAUGCCUUGAGAUCCGAACGAGUCGCAAAUCGUGUCAACAGAGUGCAUAGUUCUGAGCGGUCCAGUAGGGAUAACGACAGUGUAUCCCAUGCUUCGGAUACGAAUCGGGAAGGGGAAUCUGAAGCGGAGGAAGCUCAAGAAAUCCGUCCUUUGGAGGCUUGCUGUCCCAUUUUCGUGCCGAAGUUGUCAUCAGUUGAAUUCAGAAGAAUGACUCGUCAUAGAGAAAGACUAAAAGCCGAAGAGAUGGACCAAUUCAAUCGAGAAAGCACAGCCAUUUCCACACCAAGCUCAACGGCGAAUGCCGGUGGAAUCUCGUCUCGUGCAACUGCCAACGUUAGUGACGACUCUGACUCUGGCGACGGUCGUCGACGCAUCCGUCGCCCGACUGUCGACCGUCGCCGUCGCAACGACGGUGAACGCGGUGAAGGAGAAGAAGAAGCAACAGCCACUCCGACCUCUUCGUCAUCUGAGGAAGAAGAAGACGGAUCGGAUUGGGAGAACCGUGAAGCAGCCCGGAGUGCAGCUCGGACACGACGGCGAGCCCUCAGGAGUCAACAGCCGAGCAGAGCGUCGUCUUCACGGCGGUCGAGAUCUCAACGUGCUCGACGGAGGCGGCGUCAGGAGUUGUACUCAGCGGCGGCAUCUGGCGGACGGUCGUCGUCAUCGCGGCGGAAUUCUCGGGCGGCGGCGCGGAACGCGAGGAAUCGUCUGGCUGAGGCGGAGACGUCUGGUGGUGAGCGGCGGAAGAGUAGUAGAGCGUCGAGACGAGUGCCGCAGAGGGACCAAUCUGACGAGGCGACGGAAAGUGAGGAAAGUGUGAGGGGCAGAGACGAAAUCCCGGAGCCUUUUCUGCCGGAACAUACUCCGUGGUUGAGCGGGGACCAACCUGUAAAAACUCCGUAUUUCCCUCAAGUUGGCGACAUUAUUGUAUACAUGUAUCAAGGACACAAAUUGUACCUGAAGGCAGUUAUGGAAAGGAAGCUUUACAGUCUAAACCCUGAAAGGAUCCGAAGUUAUCCUUUUGAAACUAGCGGACCAAAUUCAGUACCGAAGGUCGUGGCCAAAGUGUCAGGAGUGACGUUCGAUCUGAAACCCCCGCGGCUAGUCAGCGUGAAACUCAACAUGAUCGACAACGACGGCGAGGGUCGCGUGCGGGACGACGCCUUCUCUGUCAAGUACCACGACGUACCGGGUGUCGUGGAUUUCAUUGUCCUCAAGCAACAUUUCGACGAUGCCAUGCGACGGCAAUGGCGGGAAGGUGACCGUUUCUGCGUUGAUUUCGACGGCGACCGAAGUUUUGGCGUCAUUGUCGGUCAGGAUCCGUACGAACCCGAAGUGCCUAGUUCUCCGUUCUGUGGGUUUUGCGUUCGUUGGGAUCACGGGGAAAUGGAUAGAUUGAGUGCGUGGGACAUGGAACCCUGUCCUCCUGAAAGUGAAUCGAGACGGUAUUCUUCGCGACGAACAGCAGUCACUCCGCGUACAUCCACACCGUAUUACGUCCCUGCGACAGGCGACUGGCCGCAUGGAAACGUGGAUUCUGAGAAGACGAGAAUCGGGUUCAUCCUGAAGCAAGUCAUGAAGUUGCCAUUGGCGAAACCGUUCACUAAACCAGUGAAUCUCGACGAAUUUCCGGAUUAUGCAAUGAGAAUUGAGUAUCCUAUUGAUCUUUCAUUGAUCCGUCGGAGGCUUGAAAGCGGGUUUUAUCGUCGAGCUGCAGCAGUGCUCUUCGACGUCUCGUACAUCGGGAAGAAUGCGGCCAAAUUCAACGUCGAGGGCUCUUUGAUAGUCUACCACGCGCAUUUCAUUUCUGAGCUCUGCAAACGAUUGAUCAUAACACCUAGUGAAACGGUACAGUCAGUGUACGACAGUCUCGUUGAGCAUUAUGCCACUGAGAAUGUUGACCUCGGCUUGGAACACCUCGAGCCCGUUUCCUCGACUGAAGAUGGCGAAGAAGACGACGAGGAAGACGAAGAGGGCGAAGAUGCGGCAGAGGACGAACCGGAAGAAGAUGAAGAAGCGGAAGACGAAGAAGACGGUUGUCCAAGAGGAGUCACGCGAAGUUCUCGGCGAAGAGCUGAACCCAGUUCUCGAACAGCAUCCAACCGAACUAAUAAUACGAAUACAAGGAGGACGGAUUGGCGGGAAGCGUGUUUGGCAGCCAUGAGACAAUUGAUGCGGCACGAAGACGCUGGCCCAUUUUUACAGCCUGUUGAUUUAUCGAUAUACGAGGAUUACCUGGAUUGCGUUGAGGAUCCGAUUGAUUUCUCGACGAUUGAAGAACGGUUGAGUGGCCCGAGGCCGGUGUAUAGGACCUUUGCUGAUUUCCGUGAAGAAGUGGAGCGUGUGUUUACGAACUCACGGCUUUACAACACCAACCAUCGAUCUCGGAUUUGGACGAUGACUCUCCGGUUGCAGAUGUACGCCAAAGGUAUUCUCAACAACCUCGAAACGUCGUUCAACCAAUCCCGCUCGGAGCGCCGCCGUCAGCGGUCCCGGAAUAGUGCAAGCAGGCGGCAAAACCGGCGCCGGAAUCGUGUCUCCUCUGAAGAAGACGAAGACGAGGUCGGAGAAGAAAACAACAGCGCUGGUGAAACUACCGACGAGCGUGACGGUAUACGAACGAGGUCAAGGAACGGUCAUGUUGCUCAGCAACGUUCCAGUAGGCCGUCUAGGAGUCAGGCCAGCGUUCCUGCCGUUUCCACGCGGUCUUUGCGAGCUUAUCGGCAUUCUGCGGAUUCUCUUCAUUCCAGCGAAGAAGCUGGUAAUGGCCAUUCAAAUUCCAAUGACGUCUCAAGUUCAGUCGGUAAUCAAAACGUGUCUAGCACUCGAAGCUCGGACGAAGGAUCGUCACGAACACUGUCGAAUCGAUCCCGACGUCGCACUAACCCUCCUACUCGCCUCGCGUCCGACUACAUUGUCGACAUCCGUUCUCAGGCUCCGUCUUCUCGCCGUCGGCGGGGCUACCGGUCCUCUAGUGAAGAAAAUGAGGAAGAAGAGGAGUCCGUCUCUCCACCCCGCCGGGAAGAAGACGAGGAAAGAACUCGGUCGCGUUCAAGCAGUUCUAAAAAGAAGGCCAAGCGUUCAAUUGGUCUGGAUUCCUCAGACGAUGAAGAAGAAGAGGAGGAGGAAGAAGACGUCGGAGCGAGGUCGGGGCGCCGUUUGCGGAAUCGACGCCCCCUGACGUCGCCGAAUAACUUCGAUGACGACAGACCGACUAGGAAUGGACGUGAAACUCGUUUCAGAGGGCAGAGAACGGUUCGCUAUCAAGAAGAAUCUGAUAAUGAAGAUAUGCCCAGGCGAACGAGGCACAGAUAG